UAUAAUUGUCCAAUAAACAACGAACUACAAUUUAUACCUGCUUGUGUACACAGAUACGACAGCGGUGGCAGUCCGCCGGGCUACGACCGCACGCGCGGCGCGCUGCCCGGCAACCGCGGCUUCAAGCUCACCUACCUCGAGGAGGCCUACACUACCGAGCACUGGCUCGUCAGGAUAUACAGGGUAAAAAAGCCAGAUGAGUUCAAUCGCCCGCGCUUGCCGCUUUCGAAAAGAACGGUGCCGACAAGUAACUCCAUUUCUAAAAAGCUUGCAUUAGGAGGCGGACCGACGACAUCGAAAAGACGAAAAGGUAUGAUGAAGAACAAGCCGAGUAUCGUGAAGGGUAAGAAGGCGGUGAAGCUGGAGUGACGCCGCGAGCGGUGCGGCGCGCGGCGGCCGCCACACGCACUACACGCACACGUAUAGCGGGGCCGGGGGACAGAACAGUUAUAGAUACUAUUGCAAUCACGUCAGAAGAUACGUUUUAGUAU